UGCCUCUCACGCCACGUUGUUCGCUCCCUCCCACUGUUAACUGCAAGGACUUUGCGGAGGGCACAAGAUGGCGGCUUUUCGGCAACCCCAGACGGCAGCUGCUCUCUCCCCUGCGGAGAUGGAGCUCAGACUGCUGUGGCAGGACGCAGAAGUUGAAUUCAGGCAGAUGACAAGAAGGAGUUUGACGACAGACCAAGAGAAGCGACUGGAAGAUGUCCUAGCCGAUCUCGAUAGGAAGUAUCGGCCCCCCGAGUCUGAGGCUGGCAAGGACUCAGCCAAAACCAAAGCAAAGAUUCGUGCCACUAUCGAAAAGGUCCUCAGCUGUAUCCAAUUGCUCGGUGGCUUGGCUGCACAAGGUGCAUCGAUUGUGUUUGGACCUGCCACCCUAUGCUUCAACGCCAUCUCGUUUCUAAUCGAUGUACCCGGCAAGGUCGCCGCAGUUUACGAAGGAGUGGGAAAUCUGUUUGAGGAGAUCUCGCACUCUCUCGUGCUGUUCAAGAUCUAUGAAAACUAUAAUAAGCUUGAUCCGGACUUGAGAGAUGGGACGCACAAGCUGAUGAUGUCCAUUGUGAGGAUAUGUGGGCUUUCCAUCAAAAUCAUUGAGGGCGGAGUCUGGCACCAUGUAAAAGUUGGGGCAAAGAUCACUUUCCUGAACGACGACUCCGGUGUUAAGAGCGAACUUACCAAAUUUAAAGCUCUGAUUGAAAAACAGAGCCGGGUUACCGACGCCAUCACCCUUCAGCAUGUUCUGAGCAGCGAAGACAGGAUUUUCGAGGUCCUCCACGCUCAAUAUGAAACUGCAGAGAAACUCACGAACCUGGAAACGAACAUAAGCAUGGUGGCCGAAGACGUAAGCGAUCGUAAGAUGCGCAUGAUACUCUCCGAGAGACUUGACGCUAUGAGCAGAAUGUUGUCAACCUCAACGGCAUCAGCUCAAGAAGCGACGAAAGCAAUGCUCGCCAUGAGGAACGAUCUGCUUGCAGGCAGUGCUCAAUGGUUACUGGAACAUGACGACUACAAAGAAUGGAAGACAGCAGAGGCCAACGCGAUCCCUUUGCUCCUAAUUUCGGGAGAGAAGCACACUGGCAAGUCUUUCCUGCUGGCGGCCAUAGAAAAAGACCUCCGCGAGACUGGCCGGGACGUCUCCAUCGCUUACUACGAAUUUACGAAGCGUGAAGCGAAAAGCGCAAAAGAGAAGCACAAGGAGGACGUGGUGGCGGCCAUGAAAUCAAUGUCCCUACAGCUGGCCAGCCAAUACAAGCAGUACGCCACUGAGAUGGCCGGCCUCAAGGACGAUUUCAGGCCACCAGAUAGCAAGGAGAAAGAGCUUUGGGAGAAGCUAUGGUGGGACAAACUGCAAUUCUCGAGAUACCCCCAGACGAAGGAGACGGCAAACUUCAUCCUGAUGUUUGAUGGCCUCGAAGACUUGUCUGAAAGCAAUUGUGCUAAACUCCUCAAACUCCUCAAAGCAGUCCGAGAUGAUAGCCGUUCCUCAACCAUUCGGCAGCAUAUUCGUAUCAUAGCCACCGCCAGUCCGAAGAUAUUCGAAGACAGCCCCAUCAAACCCAUCGAAAUCGCUGACCACAAUCUAUCCGACAUCAAAAUGUACAUCGAAGACCUGCUUGAAAAGGAUGAAAUUCUUCAAGGUCAGCACGUGGAGAUGUUAGAUCUUCUGAAAGCGAUUCGCACAACGCUUCCCGAGGUAGCCUCGGGGUCCUUCUCCGUUGUACAACAAAAGCUCGAACGAAUCCGAGAGGCAGUGGAUUCGGACGCAUACCUGGACGAUGUACAGACGAUCUUGUCCGAGAAUCCAGCCGACGAUCUGGGCAAGCUUGCGCGCAAGGUCAUUAACGACUUGAACGCGGCCCUGAAAUCUCACGACAUAGACCAAUUAAACGAGCUUCUUCACUGGGCGAUAUUCGGUUUUGAGUACUUCACGGUUGACCACCUCAGAGCAACUAUCUUUUUGAACUCUGGAAAGGCCUCAUUGCAGCCCUUUGAGAGAAAGUUGAAGGAAAAGUUUGCAAGAAUUUUACAUGUCAUUGACGAUCAUGUGGAGGUAGACGUUGACAUUGAAAAUCUAUUUCGAAGCCAGGACAGUCCUGUAUCCGAGACUGCGACAGUACCGGACUUGGAAGCUGCCCGGAUAUCGAUGACGAUUUCAAUUAACGAAGCAGACCUACGGACAGUUCAGCAGUUUUUCUGGGAUCUCACCGAUAAACUCAGAAGCGGGAGGUUCGACUUUUCCACGGACAAAUCGAGCUUGGGCGGCAAGGGUGUCAUCCAGACCGAUGUAGUCCGAGCAAGCUACUACCUCUCCGAGCAACUUUUGAAGCUUUUGAACGACGAGCCUCACGAGAAAACCCAGUGCCUUGUUUCAUAUGCGCUGAGAUAUCUCACUUACCAUCUAGGCAAGGUCAAAGAAUCCCUAGAACAAGGCCGGUUAGGUACCUCGGAACGGAUGAUUCUCGCCAAAAGACUCGUGGAUCUCCUCAGCGACGUGGAGGGAAUUGAGAAGUUCUGGACUACGAGGAAUGAGCUCUCCCCAAACUGGAUCGACCCCGAUCAAGUGAAAAUAGUCCGCGAUUUGCUCAAGGACGAAAAGACCGUAGCCGUGCUCCAGCCAAAAGAGAGACGUUGGGUUAGAGUCCACACUGCAGAUUCCGAAGGAAAAGCGGGCAUCUAUAAGCCCAUAACACUCAUGGUUGCUAGGCGUUGGCUGCGAGAUCGUUCUUGGGACGUGUAUCCUGCGUACAACUGGAUACACAAAUAUAUUGCUUUGCAAAACUCCAAGGACGAGGAAGCCGCCGACAAACAGAAUCAAGAUGAUGGUGAUAAAGACCGCGACGAAAGUAACGGUGAGGCUGCCGCUGACGGACUCGAAGCGCUUGUGAACUCAGAGCCAGAACCUGCACCAUCUUCCAACGUUGAAGAUAUUGUCUCUGCUGCGACUUGGGUCCAACAAGCGCUGUCGCUCAAAGAUGAAGAACUGAACGCAUUAUGGUACGACCGUCUUGGGGAAACCUGCUACGAAUCGGACGAGUUCCAGGCCGCCAAAGAUUUCUAUGAAAAAGCCAAGGCACUCCCUGACUGUCAAUGGACUGCAAAUCAAGGCUGGGCUCUUGCGGUGGACAGACUGAGUCAAGGUCAAGACGACGACGAAGCCAAAAAGAAGGACCUGAAAGAGUCCGCCUGCAAUGAAAUGGAGAUAGCCCUCGCCCACCUGAGAUCGAAGUUGAAUACCGCUGAUUUCGGGAAUGACAACAAGGAUGCCCUCAUUCUAGGUCUAAAGAAACAGGCUUCGUGGCAAUCGGAGCUCAACUCAAUGGAUAAGGCUUUUGCACUCUACGAAGAGGCCCUCGAGGUGGAUCCUAAGGAGCAUGCGAUCCGCUGCGACCUGCUCAAAGCCAUGUAUGCGCAAAACAGAGAAGCCGACGCAAGGGAAAUGCUUCUUCGGAUGAUAAACCAGCGGGGGGAUCCCACGGAGCUCGAUCUUUUCUCAGACUUGCUUUUGUACCUGACUGAGAGUGAGGAGUACUAUGUAUCUCUGCGACCGAUCGACAUUAUCCUAGCCUUGGCUCGCACGGAUGAGAGGCUCAAUGUCCAGACAUUGGAAGCAUUGCAAACGGCCAUUCGUGAUGCCAGAAAGAGCAACCUCGCAAUCAAUGAAGGUAUGCUUCUCCUGUAUGAAGGCAUCGUCCUCACACACGGCGCCACGGAUGAUGCUCGUGUUCAGCAGGCAAUCCGCUGCUGGGAGGACUGCCAAUCUCUCUAUCUUUCAUCUCGUUACGACUUGGUCAUAACCCAGGCGCUCGCGGCUCGCCUUGUGGCGCAACACUAUUUCCAUCAUACGGUGAAGCCCGGCACUGCAGCCGAAGAGCGCAUGGAGUAUGUGAGUAGACUCCUCAGGCUGAAGCGCCUUUCGACUAGCUGGAUUCACAGCUUCCGCCCCAACUCUUAUCUUGCCUCUUACUACGUCAGUCAAAACCAACUGGAGGAGGCACGGCAGCUGUUCAUGGAAGACAUGGUGGCAGCAAUGGAGAUACUUUUUGAUGGCGACCCGGAAAAUGAUUCCUAUGGGUACAGGUAUCUAGCCGACAUCCUGAUGCAUACCGGAGAUGACCUCAACGCCCUCAGUGCGUGGUCUUUACUUGGCCCGAACGACCUGUUCAAGAGUAGCGGUCCUCAGGACCAGCACUCGAACGACGAAAAUCAAGAUGGCAUGCCGAAAGAGAACGGUGGACCUGAGGCAAAGCCUAGCGAGUCGACAGAAAAUGGAUUUGCCGAAGAGGGAGACAACCCUGAGGCUCCGGCCACCGACAAGGCUGAGGACGAAGACGACGCCGAGAUUCGUGAUGGUCCACUUGGGAACACUUGCGAUGGGCUCUGUGACCAUACAUGGCAUUAUGCAGAUGAUUUCUAUGCCUGUCGGUAUUGCCCAGACACGCAGUUUACGCCCGACUGCCUCGACAAGCUGAAGGCGAACAAGCUCGAGCCAUAUAUCUGCCACCCUGGCCACAGCUGGCUGCAUGUGCCAGCGUGGAGCGACAAAGACGCGCUCGAAGUCGGCCCAGGAAAGGUCCGGGUGCGAGGCCAACUUGUGGAUGGUGCACGAGUGGGUGGGGAGAUUGUGGAUAUCCGGCAGUGGCUGGACGAGAUCCGCGACAUAUGGAAAAUACCGAAAAAGGAGGACGUGCCUAUCAUCGCUGAGCCGGCCUCGAUACUGAAUGGAUCGAGCAAAUGA